UUACAGGUUCAUAUCAUGAGCAUUUUCUUAGCUGCUCUUUCUUCUUCUUCAUGUGCUAUAUUAACAUUGAUUUUUCUCAAUGCAGUAAAUGUUGGUUCUUCAGAGUUGAAUUCAUUCUUGGAUGAUCCAGAGUUUGCUGAUAUUGUAUGGAAAGCAGAGCAAGCAAUAGAAUUUGGAGUUCUUCCAGAAAGAAUCUCUCAAGGUUCAAGUGGAAGUUACUUUGUGAAGGAUCCUAAGAGGAAAACUAUUGGUGUUUUUAUUUUUUUAGAGCCUUAUAGUCAUCUGAAUCCAAAAUGGACCAAAUAUAUUCAUAAGGUCUGCUGCCCUUGCUGCUUUGGCAGAGGCUGCUUGGUUCCUAACCAGGGAUACCUUUCUGAAGCUGCUGCCUCUCUAGUGGAUGAAAAGCUUCAUCUGGGCAUUGUACCAAAAACAAGGGUGGUUUGGCUUGGCAGUGAGACAUUUAACUACAGUACAAUUGACCGUGCAAAAGCUAGAGGCAAAAAGUAUGCUUUAGAGAAAGUGCCAAAAGUAGGUAGAAAAUUUCACCGAAUAGGACUCCCUCCUAAGAUUGGUUCCUUUCAGUUAUUUGUUGAAGGUUACAAGGAGGCCGAAUUUUGGCUUAGGAAAUUUGAAGCUGACCCUUUGCCUGAGAAUACUAGAAAACAAUUUCAGUCGCAAUUUGAAAGAUUAGUGAUUUUGGAUUACAUCAUCAGAAAUACAGACAGGGGAAAUGAUAAUUGGUUAAUCAAAUAUGAAAAGAAGAGAAAUGGAAAGGAAAUUAAGGAAGCAGAAUGCGUUGAUGAGAAAGAAUCGCUUAUUAAAGUAGCUGCAAUUGAUAAUGGUCUAGCAUUUCCUUUUAAACAUCCUGAUGAGUGGAGAGCAUAUCCAUUUCACUGGGCUUGGCUUCCUCAAGCAAAAGUUCCUUUUUCUGAAGAAACAAGAAACUUGAUUCUACCAAAUAUUUCUGACAUGAAUUUUGUGCAAGAUUUAUGUGAAGAUCUCUAUGAACUUUUUAAGGGGCAUAAAUUUGUGAAGUUACACUUAACUACUGACAAAAGAUUUAACAAAGUCACUUUUGAAAGUCAGAUGUCUGUGAUGAGGGGCCAGAUCUUAAACCUGGCCCAGGCUUUGAGGGAAGGGAAGAGUCCUGUCCAGCUGGUACAGAUGCCUUGUGUGCUUGUGGAACACAGUCCAGGGAGAACGAAGGGUCGGGUUUCCCAGCUCAACAGUUCCUUCACCCAGAGCUUCCACUGCAGGAAGCCUUUCUUUACCUCCUGGUAGCACAUAUAAGAGAACAAACUGUUGGCAUCAUUGUGUUGUUAAAAUGCUUCAGUUGCCAAAGCCUCAAGUAAUACAAGUCUUUAAAAUGUUAUGUUUUGAAUGUAAUCAAAAGUUUACAGUUUUUUGUCCAAAUAUUAAAUUCUUAUUUCAGGGAAAAAGUGCCAUAUCUCCUAUGUAGUAUUUUUGUAGGAGAACUUGUACUUUGUUGUUGAUAUUAGUUUAAAAGGUAAUUUCAUGGUUUACAAAUUCUGAAAUGACUAAUUACUUUAGAAUUCCAAAUAGAAAAAUAAGGUACUUGUUGACUUUGAAUAAAAUAACUUUUUAUAUACUUUUUAAACAUUGAGAAGAAUGUUCGUGUUAACUCUUCUUACAUUAUAAAGGCCUUUUGAGUGUAAAACUGGUCUUCUGAACUCUAAUCGAUUCGUUAAUAGAAAAACAGGUAAGAAUAAAACAAUGCUGCCUUAAUUAAAAAGCUGCUAUUUUAGAACUUGAAUAAGUGCCCCUAAAGUAACCAAUGUGAGGGACCAGAAAAGUAUAUCUUGGUUAAGUAAUAGAUGACCAUUUUCUUUUUUGUACUUAAGAAUAUUUUUGCUCAAUUAUAUAACUAUAGUGAGAAAAAGAUCUAAAGGUAUCACCUUUAAAAAAUGGAAACACUCAACUGAGACUUGAGGGAAAUUAUAUACAAUUAUAGUAAAUUCAUAAUGUUUUUGAAAUUCCAAAGUAGCAUUAAAAAUUCGUUUUUGUUCGUUGCAUCAGAUCAAUUACAUAAUAAAUUAGUACUACCCCAAAAUACUAAUCUUGUUUAAUUUAGUACUUUGGUUAGUAGUAAACUUCACUGAAAAUUAAACCAUACCUCAAAUUGCAUGUCAGAUUGUAUUUUAGGAUCCUAGGACAUAAAC